AUGAAGUUCUUCGCCGUUGCCGCUCUCUUCGCUACCGCCGCCGUCGCUGUUCCCGGUCGCCCUAUUUCCUCCUCCUUCGAGGCCGACACCUGCAGCAGCCACGCCAUGUGCUGCAAGCAGCAGGUUGCCUCUGGCAGCGAGCACCUGACCGAGCACGAGAAGGCCGGUCUCCUUGACGUCCUCGGAAAUGUUGACCUCGGUGGUCUUCUCGGCCACAAGGGAACCGGUCGUUACUCCGACUGCGAGAGCCUUGUCCAGCUCGGUGGCAAGUGCGACACCAACGCUGUCUGCUGCCCUACUGGCUCUCAGACUGGCCUCGUCAACAUCGGCUGCGUCGGCCUCCCCAUCAAGCUUCUGAUGCACAACCUCCGGUUAACGCAGAAGACUACUAUUGCCACCGCUAUCAAGAUCAUGGUGACGAUCAAAUCGGUCUUCGAAUCAUCAUUCGACAGACCACGGACUUUGAAGCAGACUGACGGUUGCAAACUGAUUGUUUCUGUCUCGGCAAUCAUCAUAGAUCUGUCUGCCGGAACCGCACCCGAGACUCCGAACGCCAAGCCUGUUCGGAACCGUCCCGUCGUUUCCCCGGAAUGUUCUCCCCGAGGACUGCACUCGCCUCUGCUCCUUUUUGUCUCCUUUUCAUGUCUUUCUGUAUAUCCCGUCAGUAUCAUGGACAGUUCUGCCUCACCACAAGAGUCCCGUCCGUCAGAUGCGGCGGAUCGUCCGCAUAAGCGUCGAAAGGUCGCCGUCGCCUGUGACGAGUGUCGCACUCGGAAGGUCCGGUGCGACGGCAUCCAACCCGUAUGUGGGCCAUGUACCAAGCGAGCUGACCAAGGAGUGCGGUGUGUGUACACCGGGGAGCCCGAGAAGAAACGCGCCGUGCGCAACCUCUGUCAAGGAACCCCAGGAAGCAGUAGUACCUGCACUCACCGAGCCACUCGGCCUGCAAGGGGCGAGGAUGGCGUAAAUGCCAUGAUGGGUGCGGUGGAGGAGGAGCGCCUGACUCAAGGCUUCUUUGGGAGCUCAAGUGCCGCAAGCUUCAUGCGUCAGAUCAAAACUGCUGUCGACAAGAGAGUGCCCUCUCCGUACCGACGGACAUCGGACUCCGUUCUUGGAAUUGAGCCUCCUUCUAGCCUCAUGUCCACCCGGACACCGAAACCAUCAGGUGUUCCCAACUAUGUCUUACCGCCGAGGAAGACGGCAGACAGCCUCAUGGAGGUGUACUGGAACUUUGUCUUCCCUCUGUACCCUUUGGUGGACAGUACCCUUCUGCGCGCAGAAUACUCCAGAAUCUGGAUGGGAGAGCCUCUGCAAUCGGAUGAAAACAUGCUGAUGUGCACAUUCAACGUCAUUUUUGCCUUGGCUUGCCAGCUGGCGGACUUCAUUCCUCCGGAGGAGCGUGAGGCCUCGGCAGAUGCCUUCUUUUCUCGUGCGAAGGACCUUCUCCAUUUCAAUCUUUGGAACACCGGGUCGGCAGGCCUGAUCCAGUGUCUGCUCCUCAUGGCCCAGUAUCUUCAGAGCACAGAUUCUGCCCACCAAUGCUGGAUCGUCACGGGUCUGGCCAUCCGGAAUGCCCAGAGUCUCGGCCUACAUCUUCCGCAAACGAUUGCCCGUCUGCAGAGCCCACAGGAGCAACAGCUUGCCCGGAAGAUAUGGCAUGGCUGCGUGUUGAUGGAUCGGGUUAUAUCCAUGACUUUCGGACGCCCAGCUAUGAUCUCGAAAGCAUCCUGUGGCUCGGUCCCUCUGCCAGCUACUAUUGACGAAGAAUAUAUCCCUGCUGCUUCGGGCGUCGAGGCAACCCAGCCUGCUGAUCGGCCUUCCCUCAUGGCCUUCUAUGCCAAGUCCCUGGAACUAUAUGAGAUCUUGAACGACAUCCUCCUGAGUCUCUACAAACCCGUUCCCGAGGAGAGUCCCGAAGAUAUCUACGACUUUUACUUCAACAAAGAGAGCAGUGAAGGGGAGCACACAAUAUUUCAGCUGGAUCGGGCCCUGACGAAGUGGACCAAAAGCCUGCCUCCUCACUUGCGCGGGUCUUACUAUGCCGGCGGGUCUGGCAAUCUAGUAUUCUAUCGGCAAAGUGUGGUUUUGAGGGCGAGAUUCCUUCAUGUCCGCAUGCUCCUGUUCCGACCGAUCCUGUCGAAAUACUGUACCGCGCGCGACAUUGGCGAUACCGACCCCCUGAUUUCCAUCCAUGAUUCAUUUCCACAACGGGUUGCGCUGCAGUGCUCCAUCAUCUGUGUCAAAGUGGCCCAGGAAGUGGUUGAAUUGAUCUACACCAACAUUCCUGCCGAUGGAACUUCUGGUCCCCUCCCCGCGUGGUGGUAUAAUAUUCUUUACGUCUACACAGCGGCCACCGUUAUCAUAGCCGGACGCCUCUGCCCCGCUAUUCUCGAGGAAGUCACAGAGUCUGCCCUGACACGAUCCUGGAACUCUGCUCUUGAAAUACUGCGCAAAUACCAAAGCUACAGCACGUCGGCUCGCCGCUGCGUUGCGGCGCUUGAGAUCCUGUAUGAACGUGUUGUCUCGGAGGGACCCCAGCAAAACGAGCAGCCGACUAGUAAUCAACCCGCAGGAGUGGCUCCGAGUAACACGAACGACAUGUCCCUUGGCGAGGGCAUGAAUGCGAUUCUCUUGGAUGGCUUUGAUCUGCCCGACUUCCAGGACAUGUCUUGGCUGAACAGUGUUCCUAGCAAUCUUUAUUAA